GCUUAGUUGCUCUCGCUCUCUCUCUUUCUGGCUCACUGGGUAUUUUGUCUCGGGCUAUAUAGAGCGGAGAGCGGCGGGAAAAAGAGAGAGAGAGAGAGAGAGAGAUGGUAUGGACUCUCAACUGCUGGCAUAAACCAGCUGCAAGUGCAAUGGAGUCCCUCACAAUUCGAAGCUCAUUUUCCUCACUUCCCGUGCGAAACCCCCACAAACAUCCCUUCCGAAGAUCAACCCAGAAUGCGACCCCUCCUUCUCUCUUCAUGGUCAUGAGGAAGAGAAAGAAGAAACGCGGCUCCCAAAUCUAUUGCACCAGCGAGAAGGUGGAAUUCGAACGGGAAACGUCCUUGGACGGUGUGGGCACAGCAAUGGAUGAUGUGGACGACAAAGGGUCUGCGGCCACGUCGUCGUCGUUGUCGACAUCGACAUCCUCAGUGGAGGAGUCUCUGUGGGAGUGGGGCGUGCUGGUGUCGCCCUUCUUCUUCUGGGGCACGGCCAUGGUGGCCAUGAAGGAGGUCCUUCCCAAGGCCGGCCCUUUCUUCGUGUCCUCUUUCCGCCUCAUCCCCGCAGGGUUCCUCCUCAUCGCCUUCGCGGCCUCCCGCGGCCGCAAGCCUCCCUCCGGCCUUAAUGCUUGGCUCUCCAUCACUCUUUUUGCCCUUGUGGACGCCUUUUGUUUUCAGGGAUUUCUCGCCCAAGGGUUGCAGAGGACGUCGGCGGGUCUCGGAAGCGUGAUCAUUGACUCUCAGCCUUUAACAGUGGCUAUACUUGCAGCCCUGUUGUUCGGUGAAUCCAUUGGGUUAAUUGGAGGUGCAGGGCUGAUACUUGGUGUUGUGGGACUUCUUCUUCUUGAGGUACCGGCAGUUGCUAUUGACGACAAUAAUUUUUCACUGUGGGGAAGUGGUGAGUGGUGGAUGCUUCUUGCAGCUCAGAGCAUGGCCAUUGGAACUGUUAUGGUUCGUUGGGUCUCCAAGUAUUCUGAUCCAGUUAUGGCUACUGGAUGGCAUAUGGUUAUUGGCGGUCUUCCUCUUGCAAUAAUCUCAAUUCUCAAUCAUGAUCCUAUCUUUACCAGUGGUCUAUCAGAGCUUUCCAUGACUGAUAUAUCAGCGCUACUUUAUACCUCAAUUUGUGGAAGUGCCAUCAGUUAUGGUGUAUUCUACUACAAUGCUACAAAAGGAAGUUUGACGAAACUGAGCUCGCUCACAUUUCUUACUCCUAUGUUUGCUUCAAUUUUCGGGUACAUAUUUCUCCAUGAAACCUUCUCGCCUCUACAGCUGGGUGGUGCUUUUAUUACUUUGCUUGCCAUAUACAUGAUCAAUAACCAGAACAGCUUGGAAUGAUCCUUAUGCUGAGUAUGGCAUGCCCAACAUGCAAAGUAUGUGAAACCUGUGUUCAUCGCCUAGCAGGUGCUUCACUCUCGGCUCUACCUCUGUAGUUGGAACUCAUUGUUGCUAGAUCAUGCAUACAUCCAUUAAGGUAGUGGAAAGAGUAGGAGGUGAGAUAUAUUGUAAAUGACAGGGUAAGUUAAUUAUUCUUUUCUCAACUGGAAGUGGCUUGAGCUGUUGGAGCACUCAUCUCAAUGCUAUGUAUAGGAGGAUAGAAUAGAAUGCUCUGCAGAUACAUAUACUUUUGUUUGCGCAGUUGUGGCAUUUUUGGUUGACAUAUUCUGCAAUUGGUUACUCCAGCAAGUUGUCUAUGGCAGGGUGUCAA